UGCACUUAUGUGUACUUAUAUGUACCUAUGUGCGGUAGCGUCUUGAGGAACAGUUUCUUGGGAAGUAAAGCUUUUCUGAUCCUGCAGGAAAUUAACAAGGAGUUCGGCUCUGUCUUAUUUACCCUUGAGAUUAACAAAGAGUUUGCUGCAUCACCAGUGAACGGCUCCCCCAAAUUGGCGAGCGGACUGAUUGUGGCGAGCAGGAGUUGGAAGGUGCAGAUGGAUCCUGUUGAGAUUCCUGGGGGGGUCGAUCCCAAUCCCAACACACCAUGUGUGUAUGGCAAGAUGCAGACGCAUUCCCAAUCCCCGCCGUUGCAGGCAGCAGACUCCGUAUCCAGGGUGCUCGACGAUGAUGACCUCCUCAUCGAGAUCAUUGUCCGACUCGGCCUGCCCACCACCCUCAUCCGCGCCAUCCUUGUCUGCAAGCGCUGGUUCUUCAUUGUAUCCGAUAAGGCCUUUCUCCGCCGCUUCCGCAGCCUCCACCCGCCCCGUCUCCUCGGCUUCUAUGUUUCCACCAGGUCAACUGAUGAGCUCUCACCAGUCCUGCUCCGCCCACGCUUUGUCCCGAUGCUGCCUCAGCCCCUGGAGCUUGCCACUGCUGUCCGCCUGGCUGAGAACUACAGUCUGGAGGCCUACGACGAAGAACUUGCAUGUGUUUGUGAGUGCCAGAACGACACCAUCCUUCUCCAUGGCUUCCAAGACAAGAGCAUCUUGUUUGGAGUGCACUGGCCGCUGUGCCCGGAGAGAGGCGUUGUUGCACCGCCAAUCACCCCAUAUGAAGAAUUUGAUGGCACUGUGUGCCCACUUCCUCUUGAAGGAAGAAGGUGACGGUAAGAACCUGACCUUCAUAUGGUUCUCAAUUGGUUAUCUCAUAGAGGGAAAAGAUUAUUCUAUAAAAUACAAGGCGCACAUAUAUAUGCUACAAGAUGGUCUUUGGUACUGGCGUUCCUCAGCAGCGGCAGUGCUCCCUUCUCCGCGGCCGGAUCCACAUCCUCUGUUGUCUGGCAAUAAGAUCUAUAUGGAGCACUCCACGAGCAUUGCUGCAUUGAAUUUGACGACUUCAAACUUCUCCACUAUUCCGCUCCCCGAAGGAAUGGAGCGGUAUGUUUGUGAAGAUAUGAUGCUAUCACGGGCCAAUGAUUCAGGGGUUUAUCUUGUACAUCUUGAGAAACUGCAGCUUCGCAUCUGGCUCCACACGGGGGGCAACAGUGGCGGCAUGAGAAACUGGUUGCUUUUGGAUACAAUUUGCUUGCGUGAGAUGUUGGCUGCUUUGGGGAUGGCUGAUAAUGAGCAGCCUACUCUUUUAGACACAUUCCAAACAGGGAAUAAUCUCCAGUUUGUGUUCUUCAAGAUAGGCCAGUCUGCACUUCACUUGGAUAUUAAACGCCGGGAGCUGCGUAAGGUGUAUGAAGUGACAGAAGAUGACCGAACUUUAGAACGGAUUUAUCCUUUUAUGAUGACAUGGCCACCCACAUUUCCUGUGCUCAAGAAUGAUCCUGCAAGUCCUAAUAGAGCUGUCCUAUGAAGAACAAGGGCCUCAUGAAGAGUUGUAUGGCAACUGGCAAGGGCAUGCCUGGCAUCAUGGAAGAGCAGAACGACGUAGUAGUACCGCCAAG